CUAUUCAAUGAAGUGAUCACUUUUUGUUGUAUAUUUUUGAUUAAAAACAUGGUUGGAGGUCGUCGUAUUCCUGGCAAAAAUAAUUUUUGUGGAAGGAAUUGGUGUGUCUAUGAUGCUUGUGGCAUUGUUUGUGGUCUCUUCACAUGGUUACUUCUUAGCUAUGGACAGUUUUGUAUUUUAGCCAUAAUGAUGACUUCCUUUGAAGACAACAAAAUUCACCAGUCAAUUAAUUUUUUAAUUUUUGAAAUUCUUUUUGUUCUUUCUGGCGCUGCGCAUUUAAAAACAAUGUUUACUGAUCCCGGUGCUGUUCCAAAGGGUACUUUAACAGAAGAAUAUAUUGCACAAUUAGAGAAGGAACAACAAUUUAAUGGAACUGUUUUAUAUAAAUGUACAAAAUGUUCUUCAAUAAAGCCGGAAAGAGCCCAUCAUUGUUCUGUUUGUAAAAGAUGUAUAAGAAGUUUGUUUGUUUAA